AUGAUUACUCUAAAUGAUUUACCUGUAGUGAGUGGAAAUGGAGAUAAGAGAAUAUGGACUGGAACUAUCACAGGUGAGUUUACAGUUGCUUCAGCAGUGGAAGUCAUUAGACAUAAAUUCCCUCCUCUUCACUGGACAAAGAAGGUAUGGCACAAGUCAAUUCAUCCUGGAAUUUCUAGUAAUAUAUGGAAACUAGGUAGAAAUAUUUGUUCAACUGAUGAAAAUCUGAAGAAGAGAAAUUUCCAUUUAGCUUCAAGAUGCAUCUUAUGCAGAAAAAUGGAGGAGAAUAGAGAUCAUAUGUUGUGGUAUUGUAAUUUUAGUGAGACUAUUUGGAGAUGGCUUGGUGGAAUGUUCAACUUCAAGAAUCCAAGAUCUUUUGAGGAUAUUUUCAAGAUGACAAGUAAUAAGAGUCCAGCUAUCAAAGAAAUUUGGCUGUUAAGUGCAUUUGUCAGUAUGAAGGAACUUUGGUUCUUGAGAAAUGAAUGCACCUAUGGAAAAAGGAAAGUUAAUCUCACUGAAGUUAUGAAUAGAAUACUGAAGAAAAUAUAUGAUUGUGAUAUAAGACUGAAAGCAACUAUGUGGAAUAAUUUGUAUGAUUUGCAAGUAAUCAAAAGGUUGGGAUUAAAGACCAGAAUAGUGAAGAGUUUGAUACCCAAAGAAGUGUACUUCCACUUACCAAGCCAGGGAAAAAUAUUGUUAUGUUGUGAUAGUGCAUCUAAAGGUAAUCCAGGUGCAUAUGGUUAUGGUGUUGUUGGAAGAAGCCAUUCAGGUGAAUUUGUGGUUGCAAUUUCAGGUGGCAUAGGGGAAUUGGCAGUGCAGAAUGGUUUUCUAGAGCUUGUAUUCAACACUGAUUCUCAAGCAGUUAAAACAGCUUUUCAAAGUGGUAGAUUUCCUUGGUUUACAGUCACAAGAUGGGGAAAAAUAUGUGCUGAUGUGGUAUCAUGGAGUUUCAGCCAUAGUUAUAGAGAAGUUAACUUCUCAGCUGAUAACAUGGAAAACAGGGGCACUACUCUAGCUAAAGGAGAAAAAAGAAUAUAUGGUAGUAAACCAUCUUUCUUGGGCUGUCUGGAAAGCCCAGACAAGGUGUAUUUCAUAUUUUGUUAA